AUGAAGUUCACCACUGCCAUCUUCCUCACCCUCCUCACGGCCUUCACAACCGCCGCCCCCUUAGAGCCCCAGACUGUCCCAUACGAGCUACAGGAUAGCGAGGCCCACAACGCCACAGCCCAGGUCCUCGUCGAGCGGCGCUCGCAGACCGGCAAGAUGACCCACUACACGCCAAGCAUGGGGUCCUGCGGCAAGACGAACACGGAGAAGGACCUCGUGGUGGCCAUCUCCAAGGGCAUGUACGGGACGUACGCGAACCCCAACGCCUCGCCAAUGUGCUCCAAGUCAGUGAGCAUCAAGUGCAACGGCAAGACCAUCAAGGCGGCCAUCAGGGACAAGUGCAUGUCGUGCGGCAACGGGAACAUUGAUGUCUCCCCCGCCGUGUUCACGCACUGCGGAGCGCUGAGCACAGGAGUUAUUGCUGUGACUUGGGAUGUGGUGUGA